GAUAUCUGGACCGCGAUCCACACGACUAAGCUUAAGCUAUGUUUAGGGACUUCUGAGACGCGUGCAGUGGAAAAAGCAAACAUUCUGCCAAUGUAGUGAGUAUUAGGUAGGUCUCGGACAGACUUUUCCAGCCGAUCGGGUCUGGCGAACGGCGGGGAUUUUCUCGAUGGCUUCCUUUUUUUUUUAUUUUUCUCAUCGUUGCUUUUUUUUACUUUUCUGUGUUUUGUUCGUUUGCUUCGUUUGUGUUUCCUCUUCUCGGAGAACCCGUGACGGUCAGCUGACCCGCUUUCUCGCUCCUUAUCCUCGCGCAUAUCAGAUUCUUUUUUUUUCUCUCCAGCUAGACUAACUAGCUAACUGUCAAACGAAACUUCUCGGCCGGACGAAAGGGACCGACCUAUCUACAUCCUACGGCCUACGUUUCUAGAUAACCGGGAACACCUUCUCCUUUACGCAAUCCCGAGCCCAGAAUGGCUUCUCCGACUGCUCCCGCCUCUCUGUGGAGCCGGAAACGCGACCUGAUCUACUUCUCCUUCUUCGCUAUCCACGUCCCCAUCAUCUUCCUGGUCGACGCAGCCCCGAUCCUCCCCACCGCCCUCCAAUCCAACCUUUCCCACACCCUCCGUCGGUUCUACAUCGAUACGUACCAUGACAAGUUCUUCGAGGAGCCACCAGCCCCCUGGUUCUACUUCUUCAUACUCAUGGAGUUAUUCUACCAUGUGCCAGUAAGCGUCUGGGCGCUUGGCGGCCUGAAGAGAGAUGACCCUCUUGUCCCCCUUCACCUCCUCAUUUUCGGUCUUCAGGCCUUCCUUACCUCCACAGUCUGUCUGGUUGAGGUCUGGAGUUGGGCAGAUCGCACAGUAGCCCAAAAGCAGAACAUCAGCAUGCUAUAUGGGCCCUAUGUCGCUCUUGGUGCAUUCAUGGCACUGGAUAUGUUCUUUAGACUUCGGACCAGACUGCUGGUCAAGUCUAAGAAGGAGUAAGUAAGUCAACAGUAAUCAAUUUAACAUGAUCCCGAUAUUCUCCCUUUCCUAUUUCAGUGGAGGGCAUGUAUGCAUACAGUAUCCAAUGCAGGGGGUGAAUGUGCUGGGACGAUAAUCCAUAGAUCACGUAAAAGAAAAAGAAAAAUGAAGCAAAGGAAUGGCAGAUCUAAACUCAGGCCUGCAUGCGCCUGCAAGUUGGAGAGGGUGUACACAGUACUCACUCAAGGUGUGUACUUUGUAGUAAUUAGGAGAGGUGUUAGACGGAAAUGUUUCGCAGACCAAUAAACUAGACCAGUCACUGGGUUCUAGGCCUGGGAAGUACAUGAGCCUAGUCAUGCAAGGACAUCAACCUGCCUUAUCGUGCUGGACUUAGUGCCGGAGUGAACUGAUGGCGUAAGGCAUACAUGCCAACUCGCUAAGUUAGGUGUGGUGGGCUGAAAAGUCUCUAUGGUCUGUGAUCUGUGCUCUGUACAUUGUACAGGUAGAGAUGCAUUCCCACUAGAUACUUGCUGUGUAAAGUGUAAAGUUGGCAGCAGGACCCGCUACACCGACCCGAUCGCUCUUAAUCCUGCAGCUGCAUGAUAUAGGUCGGGACGAAGCCCAAUGUAAGAAGAGGAGGGUUGUGGACGGGGAAAGCAGGGAUUGUUGGC